AUGUUUCUCCUUUCACAUAUAGCGAUCUCUAGGCAACGCCAACAGCAACAGCAACAGCAGCAACAGCAACAACAACCACACUACAACCACCAGCAGCAACAGCAUCAUCAUCAGCAACAGCAGCAGCAGCAACACCAGCAGCAGCAGCAGCAGCAGCAGCAGCAACAACAACAACGAGAACAACAACGACAACAGCAGCAGCAGCAACACCAGCAGCAUCAGCAGCAGCAGCAGCAACACCGACAACAACAACAGCAGCAGCAGCAGCAGCAUCAGCAGCAUCAUCAGCAGCAUCAGCAGCAUCAGCAGCAGCAGCAGCAGCAGCAGCAUGCAAGAGGAUGCGCCGCAACAAAACCAAGACACAGCCGCAGAUACAGCAGCAGCAGCAGCAGCAGGAAUCCCAGCAGCAGCAGCAGCAGCAGUAGCAGCAGGAGCAACAACGACAGCAAUAGCACCAGCAGCAGCAGCAACAACAACAACAGUUUGUCGUUGCUGCUGCUGUUGCUGUUCAUGCUGCUGCUGCUGCUUCUGCUGCAGCAAGAGGAUGCGCUGCAACAAAACCAAGACACAGCAGCAGAUACAGCAGCAGCAGCAGCAGCAGGAACCCCAGCAGCAGCAGCAGCAGCAGCAGCAGGAGCAACAACAACAGCAAUAGCACCAGCAGCAGCAACAACAACAACAGCAGCAGCAGCAGCAGCAGCAGCAAGCUGCAGCAGCAGAUUCUCACAGCUAGCUGAGCUGCUGGUUUUAAUUGCUUCUGCUGCAGCAGCAAAAGAAGAUAUUGAGGUGUCUGAGCAGCCUCUCUUCUUCCCGGCAGCAACACAACCCCACGUGCUGCAGCAGCAGCAGCAGCAGCAGCAGCAGCAGCAGCAGCAGCAGCAGCAGCAGCAGGAAACAGCGGAAGCUGCAGCAGCAGCAGUAGCUAAUGCAACAACAACAACAGCAGCAGCAAUCGAUGCAGCAUUUUUUUUGUUUUUAGAUAUUGAGGUGUCUGAGCAGCCUCUCUUCUUUCCUGCAGCAACACAACCCCACGUGCUGCAGCAGCAGCAGCAGCAGCAGCAGCAGCACCAGCAGCAGCACCAGCAGCAGCAGCAGCAGGAAACAGCAGCAGCAGCAGCAGCAGUAGCUAAUACAACAACGACAACAGCAGCAGCAAUCGAUGCAGCGGCAACAGCAGCAGCAGCAACACUAGCAGCACCCAUAGCAGCACCAGCAGCAGAUACUGCAGCAGCAGCAGCAACAGCAACAACAGAAACUGCAGCAGCAGCAGCGGCAGCAGCAGCAGCAGCAGGUGUUAGUGCGUAG